UGGCCGGGGCAGACGGCUAUGUGCUUUAAACGCCUUUUCUUAGGUCGGGCAAUAUGGUGUGUGCCACUAAACUCUCCUGACGGAAUUGAAUGUAAUUAUCGGAUUACAGCGCUGCGGCUCUGAAGCUGGAAAUAUUUACUACCACACCGAGGACGGAGGUGAUUCCGUGCUCUCAUGCACACAGUCUUGGGGCGAUAUAACCACGUUUUUAAACGCUAAUUUUUUUAACAGCGCAUAUUAAUCUGUAAAUGUGAGGGUGUUUUACGGUCGUGGAGUGGAAAUUACGCACAGGUGGCGAUGUGAAGUCGAGGUGGAAGCUGUUUAAUCUUGCGCCAGAACUGGGACGGUUCCCAGAAGUGUCUGGGGUGGAAGGCUACACAUUUUGUCCAAAAACGAGCACCUUUUCUGUUAUGUCUGUCUCCUCUCUGCCGGAAUGGAAGCAACUCCUUCUGGAGAAAAAGAGGAGAGAGGAGGAGGAGCGGGAGAGGAGAGAAAAAGAGGAAGAGGAGAAGUUAGCCAGCAUGCCCGCCUGGAAGCGAGGGAUCAUCCAGCGGAGAAAGGCGAAGCAGGAGGGCUUCGGUGACAGGGAGAAGGAUAGAGACGUGUCUCUGCUGCAGGUGGAUUCCAGAUCUCCCUCUGAUUGUCUAAGUGACACAGACAGCUCUGUAACUGUUAAUCUGGGGAGCGAGCCAUCGCUCAGCCCAGAUCCAGGGCAAUGGGUGGAUGCUGAACCCAAAUUAGUGAGUCAGGUGUCUGUAGAAACGAUUGUCCCCGUACACGAAAACCCAUUUAUCCGUACGCAGAGUGCAUGGAGGAAAGGGAGGGAUGCAGAAAUGGGGAACGAACCAGAGGUUAAGGAAAGGGAGAAGGACAAAUCGAGCCCCUGGAGUCAAGAUGGGGAUUUGGGGAGAGGACGAGAUAUUGAGCUGAAAAUAGAGAGGUUCAGGGAUUUGAGUCAAGGAAGAGAAAGAGAGAAUAGUAGGGAGAACAUUGAAAAAGAUAAAAGUCAAUGGAAAGAGUGUAAGGACGCAGGCAGGGAGCAGGAAUGUAUUAAAGUGAGAAAAGACACGGAGGAAAAAGAAGCCCACCCGCCGCCUGCUUCUUUUUCCCCCGUCGUCCCUUGUCUCCGGACCAUCCGAGCUGACAACAUCAUCAUCAUCGAACAGGACAGGAAAGGCAGCGACGAGAGGAAGGCAAGAUGGAGGGAGGCGGAGAGGGAGAGGCCUGAAGAGGACAACCAGGUGAAGAGAGGGAUGAAGAUGGACCUGAGGGAGAUCCUCGCCGGAGGUGGGAGCGUCACCGAGAUCCGGGCCUCUGAAGUUCUGAUCAUAAAGCCCUCGACUGACCCCGAAGAGAGAAGUGCAGCGGGGAAAGAGAAGGAGGACGGAGAGAGGAGGAGCAGCUCGGACGUGAAGAGGGAGCUGAGAACAGACAUGUCCUGGCUGAGGGAAAAAGAGGUCAGUAAGGAGAAAGAGAGACCGUGGGGUCAGGCCACAGUUAUCAAUAAAGACCAGAGGAAGGACAGCUUGGACGAUAAUGUGUUUGUCGACAGAGGAGGGAGGGUCAGCAAGCUGCUGAGUAAAUUCGGAGAGCACUGCAAGGCUCCCUCGCGGUCUAAAAGCUCUGACAAUGUCCUCCAGGCGGCGAUGAGAAAAUAUUCAGGAGAUGAAGAUGAACAACAGUCUGAGGAGAGGAGGGCAGACGGAAAGUACUUGCUGCUGAAAGGUGCACCGAAGCGCUCGUUUAGCUUCUCUGAUAGAGUCAUCUGUGCUAAGGAGAAUGGGUUGGAAGAUAACGGGUAUUAUGAGAGGAAAACGCGAGAGAGGAUACAUUCAGACAAGAGUUUGGCACCGUGGGAGGACGUGGCAAGGCUAGGGAGGGACACCCCAUCGAAGAUCAAACUGGGGUGCGCACGACUUUUGGAUAAAGAUCGUUUUUCAAGGCAUAAAAAAACUGAGGAUGAUAAGGAGGGGUUUGUGCAGCGGAGUGAACACAGGAGCGAAGUCAAGAAAGCGGAGCCUGUUGACAAGAGAGCUGCAGAGAAGGUGGGCGAUGUAGAUGGAGACAAGGGGUUCACAGUGGCCUCGGUCAAAAACACAGAGGGAAUAUCGUUUGCUAGAAGAGUCCCAAUCAGACAAGAUGGGAGAGCAAGAGCUGACAAGGAGGUGAAGACAGUGACAGGUGAGAGGAGUUUGCAGAGGGAGCUGAGCGUGGAGAAGGAUUUGGAGGUAGGAGGGCAGACUGAAGAAGAAUUCAAAAGCACAGUCCAACCAGAAGCUGGUUAUGUUGUUGCUGCCUCUGCAGAGCUUUCCAGCUCCUGUCAUGUUGAUGAAACUUUCUACAGGCGUGAUUCAGCUUUCACCGACUGCUCCAGUCUACUCUGUACAGUCACAGACAGGGCCGCCCAUAGAGGAUCCGAAUGGAGUGGCGCAGUCCCACGAGGACCUUACCUGACACACUCAGGUCUGUCCCAAACCACGGAGGAUCUCAUAAGCAAAAUAGAGAAAGUUGGAGACACAACAGUUUAUAGCAACGAGAGAGGAGAGAGAGUUUACGAGGUUGCUCAGGAAUUGACCAAAAGUAUCAAACCGGAGGUGCAAACACAGAGUGAUCAUGAUAUAAUUCCCAGGUCUCCAAGAAGGAUACCGCCCAUUGGGGUUCCUGCAGGCCCGCUCGAGAUUCAAAUCCCCAGAUCCGUGUUUUAUGUUGCUGAGGAAGUGGGGGAGAGAAAAGCGGCUGAAGGGCAAGAUUGGGAAGGAGGGCAAGGGGUCGAGAGGAGGGAUAGCUGGAGGGUCGGGAAACCCUUGAGCCGCGUCGAGUCCCUGAGAGAGAAAAUCAGACAGAGAGAGCUGGAGAGGCUCAGACAGAGAGAGGCACAGGGUGACGAUGGACGCGAGUCUCCAGAGGUCAGUGACACUCAGACGGCUGUGGACAGGUACGAGGACACGAGAACUGAAAUAGAGGAGGAGUGGGAAACUGCAGCUCAUAUGCGGAAGAGGCUGGCCGAAGCAGAGAGACAGGAAGACGCAACAGCAGCAGCGGCAGAGCAGACAUCCGUGGCUGCCUUUGACGUCACACAGGAAGUCGAUGUGUUGAAAACCUGCCCUCAGCUUCCUGUUUCUGGUCCACAGUCACCAGUCGAGAGCAGGGGAGAGGAAGUGAUAAGUGGGUAUGCCGCCGCUGCCUCCGAAGUUAUCUCCGAUAGCUUCCAAAUAUCCGAGGAUGAAGACGACCCCCUGAAACAUGAAGAAGAGCUGAGGCGCCACAACAAUCGACACGAGAGCUCAGAAGAAGAAGAACAGGAGGAGGAGGAGGAGGAGGAAGAAGAAGAGAAGGAGCUCUCUGUGGAGGAGGUAGAGGAAUCCGCAGUGCCUCUCGAGUCUGGGCAAUCUCUCUCCCCUUCGCCAACUCAUCCCAACUCCCUCGCAGCCAUGAGUCGGAUCUACAACCUGGAAACGGUGGGUUCGAGAACAGGCAUGUGUUUGAGGGACAGGACAGUCGACAUCUCGUCAUCCGUACACCUUGUGAGGGUAAAGCCACUCAAAUCAAACUCACAGCAAGGGGACAGCAAACCAUCGGCAGGUGACGACAUCCGCGGGGUUCAGACGAUACAGAGGCAGAUAGAGCAGUUUCAGCUGAAAGAGCAGGAAGCGCUGAAGUCAUGUACUUCAUCAGAAGCUGCUCUGAAGGAUGGCGACACAAAGGAGAAACAAAGUCCCAGACGAGUGUUCAAGCACCAUCUAAAGCAGGACGUCAAGACCCAGGAGAAAGACCAAGGAACACCAGAGCAGAGUCCUAAAGCGUCUCCGGUUCGGGUUUGUUCUCCAGCAUCUAAAAAACAAACUAUCACCGUCGGCCCGUCACUUCUCAGGAACCAGUCCCCGGACAUUUCUCUGAAACCUACAGACUGCGCCCCGACUCCGGCCUCUUCCCCCUGCUCACCAUCUCCUGCUCCUUCUCCGAGCAUCUCUCCAUCUUCAACCCCAUCUCCGACGCUCUUCUCCAUCAGGAGCGCCUCUGGGGGCCAAGUGAAGAGAGGCGCCACCAUCACCAUCACCCCCAGAAAGCCAGUCGCGACAGGAGGAACUGUGGGGUCCACGGCUGGGCCUACAACCGGGUCCACAGCAGGGCCCACAACUGGGUCCACAGCUGGGUCCACAACUGGGUCCACAGCCGGGUCCACGGUGCGGACCACCGUAGCAGGCCCAACCCAGACAACCCUCACUGUAUCUGAGUCAGUGAAGAAAAAGUACCCAACAGUGGAGGAAAUUGAGGUGAUUGGUGGAUAUCAGAAUCUGGAAAAGUCCUGUCUGGUCAAGAAUAGAGUGACACCGAAAAAGACUAAGGUUUGUUUCGACGAGGAGCAGCUGGAGCAGGUGUGCGAGUACCCGUCAGAGAACUUCAUGCUGGCGUUCAACCCCAACCCUCAUGACGUGGGGAGGAUGGAGAGGCCGCAGGGAGAGGAGGGGGCGGCGGAGGAGGGGGAGGUAGCGAAGACGAGUGUCCUGCACAAGGGCGUAAUGGCCACGGAGACUGCAAAGGGGCCGCGUAUAAAAGUGGAUGAGUCUUGCCCUCGAUAGAAGCCAGUCACCUUCGCCAAAAUUGCCCAUGUGAUGAGAUCACCAGCAUAUUACUGAACAAAUUUGGGCUUUGUAUUUUAUUUGGACUGAUGUGUGUUUGUAAUACAUGUUGUGUUUUUGUGUUAUCUAGCAGAGGGAUGAAUGAAAUGUACAGGUCAGUUUGGGUCAUGCGGUUGAUUAAAGGGACAUAACUGUGUUUACUGGGAAACGAUAUCACCUAGUUUACUUUCAGGGACACUGAGGGACAGUUGUGAAUGUAUAAAUAUGGUACUAUGUCAAUAAUCACCCCUCAGGUGUAAACUACAGUGUGACAAAUGAUCACUUGUCUAUGCAAUAUAAGAAUAAAAGGGAUAUUAUUUUGUAGUUAAUAUGUUUAAUAGUUUCUUCUAUGUUGAUACCUUUAUAAACCUGAGUGAGCACAGAAAAAGUGAUGUUUAUAUCAUCUGGUUUCAUGUGCCUGCUGGAUUUGCCCAUACAGAUGAUGUGAAGAUCAGCUAGUGUAGCUACUUCAGACCAACCUCCUCUCAGCAGGUGUUGUGUUGCAUGACCCGGGUUUUGGUGCAAUGUGUAAGCUGAUGCAGAUUUCCUUUUUUUUAAUUAUUAUUAUUAUUAUUAUUAUUAAUAAUAAAUCGGGUUUAACGAAGCCUUACUGUUCACAAAACAACACCAGUAACAGUUCAGCAAAAUGUGCAUGGGUUUACAUGAAGGUUUUAUUUUGUGAUUUUUGUCAUGUGGAAGUGAAGAGUGAGUGAAAGUCCAUGAGAAGAAGAUUUGAUGACAUAAAUCAUUCAAUUAACAGAUUAACUUCAUCAUAAUACGACUCCAGCUGUGCUACAUUUAUAAUAUUACAUAUAUGUAUACAGAGUGUUUCUUGUUUAUAAAUUAAAGUUUUAAUUGGUAAAAUAUGUGCAAACUCUGUAUUUUUUCUAUAACAAUGAAAGAAGCUGGCUUCAAGAAAAAAAACUAAUAAAUAUUUCUGAAAACUG